AUGAACGGAUAUCACACAGCAACGUCUUUCAUAUUGUUCAACAACCUCUCUAUCAUGUUGGAAAAAAUAUUUGUAAAGAAAAUGGAAAGAGAAAGAAGAUCAUUUUAUACUGAGCUGUAUACCAGACACAAUAUGUUUUCGCGAAUGCAGCAUCUAUCGCUCGAAGAAAGCAGUGCGACAGAAAAGUCGUAUUACCAUAUAGCUGUUCUUGGCGAUGGAAAGGUUGGAAAAUCGUGUAUAAUUGAUCGCUUAAUGAAUAAAUCUUUCCAACUGGAGCACACGCCAACAGUAUCCGAAUUGUACGAGGUGGAACUUCAAAGAAAAGUCAAACCUUUUGCUACAUUGUGUAUUUACGAUACCGCGGGUUCCAUCGCUUUUCCCGUUAUGAAUAAAUUGACAAUUUCUAAAUGCGAUGCAUGCGUCAUUGUGUAUGCUGUUGAUAACCUUAAGUCAUUGAAAGAAGCUGAGAGACAAUUUCAUGAAAUCAGAGAAAUCAAAGAAGAUAAUUUUCCCUGCGUGUUAGUAGGAAACAAAAGAGACACGCUUUGCAGAGAAGUCACAUUUGACAGGGGACUUCGAUGUGCUGUCAAAUUUGGUGCAUCGUACAUUGAGAUGUCGGCGAAAGAAGAUGAAAAUGUAAAAGAUGCUUUUGAAACUGUUGUUAAAAAAAUCGGACAUAUCGAAUUAUUUAAAAAGAAAAUUUUGAACGGCAAAAAGAAGUUAGUGAAAGGCUUUUCCGCUCGAAGGAAUCUAAGCGUCAAUAAAUAUUUUGUAUAG